AUGUCAGCUCCAUCAAAGUGUGAAGAAUGCGCCAAGAGCGUCUACCCAUUGGAGGCCCUCACUGCCGUCGGAAAGUCGUGGCACAAGCACUGCUACAAGUGCGCUGAGUGCAAGCAGGUUCUUACCCUGAAGACUGCCCAGCCACAUCAGGCCACCGGCAAAAUCUACUGUAACACUCAUAUUCCAAAAAUGGUCGCCACUCAAGUCGCCGACUCUGUUGCCAUCAAGAAUGCCACCAGUGCACCAAAGGUUGCCUUGGUCAACAACCAAAAGAGAGGAGAUGAUAUGGAGGCACCAAUCCAGACUGCUGACACUAUGCAGUUGAACAAUGCCAGAAAUGCACCAAAGGUCGAGCGUCUCCCACCUCACCUCAGAGAGGACCAGCACGUCAAGCCAAUUGCCACUCUGGAUAUGGCACACACCAACGCCUUGAACAGACCAAAGUUGGCCACUGUAAAUAACCAAGUAUACGGAGUUGAUGCCCCAAUCGGAGGCAUUGACGUCACUCUCCAGAACGCCAUCAAGGCCCCCAAGGUCGGCACUGUCAACGAGCAGCUCAGAGGCACUGGUGACGCACCAUCCCAGGUUGCAAGUCUCACCACUCAGAACGCCCUCAACGCACCAAAGGUUGGCGCCUUCAACGAGCAGAUCAGAGGCACUGGUGACGCACCAUCCCAGGUUGCAAGUCUCACCACCCAGAACGCCCUCAACGCACCAAAGGUCGGCGCCUUCAACGAGCAGAUCAGAGGCACUGGCGACGCCCCAUCCCAAGUGCCAAGCGUCGUCACUCAGAACGCCAUCAACGCACCAAAGGUUGCCUCAUACAACGAGCAGAUUAGAUACGCACCAGCCAACACCUCUGUCGGUGACCUGACCGUCUCUGUUGCCGAGGUUGAGCUCGCUGACGAGUAA